UAAGUUUUGUGGAGUGACAUGUGGGACCACGCGCCCGCCGUCGGCUGAGCGCUGCUUCGACCAUACAACACCACAAGUUUUCUUGUGGCGAGCGGUCGCGGCGGGGGUGCGGCGGGCGGGCGGCGGGGGCGCGACAUGACCCGCGCGCGCGCACCCCGCCCCGCGCGCCAUGCAACGUCUGCGCUCCACCUUCAAACGCUCCAAGACGCCCACGCCGCAAGACAUGAAGACGCAGAGCAGCCUUGAAGUGCCUAAGCAGGUGCGGUCGGCAUCGUUCGAUGAGAUCCAAUUGGAGGCGGCGCGCGGCGCGGGCGCCGGCGCGCUAUUGGCAGUCCCGCAGAGCGGCGCGCGCAGCCGUUCUUUUGACUCGGCGGGCUCCGAGGAUUCGGGACACAUCUAG